CAGAAGACCCCCGGGUUUGACCUGUUGGACCCCAACAUGAGAGUCAUGGAUGUUAGUUAUAACUGCCUCCACGACAAACACCUGAAGAGUUUUUUCCGCCAUCCGGAAAGGAAGAAGCGGCUGGUGAAGCAAGGCCUCAUCACCUCAAAUGAGAAGGUGCUGUGUACGUGUAAAGAGUACAAUCGCUACAGUAGCUACAUCAAGUCAGUUCAGUUGCUGUGGGAGAAGCAGUGCUGUGCCCAGCAGAAAAAUCUUUUGAAGCAGUUCCUAGUCUUGCAGCAGCAAGGGGAGGUUCCUUCCCACAUCUCACUGACGGAUAUUAGAGAAUGGCUCAUUGACAAGGGUAGAAACUACUUCAAGAACACGUUUCAGAGUGAAAUGGAAGAGGGGAAGAACCUUCACUUGGCCGAACUGGCUUGGAAUGUGAAACGACGCCUCAGGCUUGAGGAGCUGGAAAGAGAAGUGUGCAGGGAGCUGCGCCUGGAGCGCCGAAUCCGCUGGUCGGUGCUUGGACAGGUAAGGAUGGAACAGCGGCACUCCUAG